UUGACUAAUGGCAAUUUGAUGGAGCGGCCUAAUUGUUUUGCUGCUCUCUCAGAUGGCUCCAAAAUGGUAAUCAGUCUUGGCAAAAUGCGCGUUACGUGGGGAUCGGUAGUGACCAUCACGGCCUGGAUAGUGCUGCUGGAGCUCAGGGAGAUAAAGAGCAAGGAGAGUUGUUACUAUGUGACAUUCACCUAUGCCAACUGGACGGAUGACCGACCACGAUUUGUGGUGAACAUGACGUUCUCGAACCAGACGGGCAUCGGCUCUGUCACCAUCAUCAACGAGGAGAUAGCUUCACCGGUCUCGCGCAUCCUGAUCCUCCAGCACUCCGCCCGGGAGAAGGCUCGCACCAUAUACAACGCUUCGACGAAGCUGUGUGACCUGCAGAACGUCCUCAACUCAGUGCCGCUUUUCAAGCCGGUCAAGGACAACAUGCUCAAGCAAAGUAACUACACGCUGAGCUGCCCGCUGGUAAAGGGCACCUACGCCAUGAACAACAUGCGAGUCAGCCCAAAAAAUCCAAUUCUGAGCCUUCUCUACCAACCAAAGCACACCUUCUCCGUAAAGGGCGGAUUGUUCGAGGAACUGCGGGGUCGCCGACUGAGGCCGUUGUCCACUUAUUUCAUGAUGGGAAAGGUCGUAAAGAAGUCCUGCGGCUCCAAAAAAUAAAAAACGCACAAAAAAGAUCAGCAGCAGCAAAUCAAAAAUUUGGUCUUUAAACCAACUUUCCGCAGCCCAUAUGUAUAUUACAAAAUGUGUACCACAAAAGUAUACCACACUUUUAAAUUUCUGUUAUUUAACAUUUACGUAAAAUACACGCUAUCAAAUGUAAAUGGAGGAAUGCUUAAAUAGCAACGUUAACAAGAGAGAACUCGACUAUCCCGUUACUCAGCUAAGGGGAGUGCGAGGGAACGAAAGGCCCGAUUUAAAUCAUUUUCGGCUUGAUAAUAUGAACAAAGUCUCAGAAGAAUAUAUAUACUUUCUAGGGUUGGAAAGCGCUUUCCUCUACCUGUUUCAUACUUUCCGACGAAUCUAGUACACCGUAGCGCUUAAUAAAUCUCGUUAGAUCAAUUCAUUGGAUUGCAAAUUUUCGACCACAUUACAUUAGUGACUACGUUCAAUACUCUUUUAGCAAAUG